UAACAGGAGACUUUUCUACAGUAGCGUAUCUCAACUUUAGUAUAAGUAUAUAAGUAAAAUAUUGAAAAAUGCGCGACAGUAAUUUUUUAAUGAUUUUGGUUACGAUAAUAUUUAAUUCAAGGUCAACUAUAAUUUUGUCAAAACAAAACAAAAAAAUUUUGAAGACAUAUUUUUAAAUUAAAAAAUCUUCUUCAAGUCUACUUUAUAUUAAUAUUUCAAAUAUUCUUUUGACGAUAUUGCUAAAGUUUAGCAGUGUUAUUUUAUUUUAAGCCCAAGUAGAUCAGUAGCGUCAUUUCGGGGAGCUUCCUCGCCAAUAUUAUAAUCAAUAAUAUCAAUAAUAGUUCUAAUGUGCAUGGAGCUAAAAGAGCUAUUUUAUACCCCAAAUAAUUCUGCCAAAUUUGACAUAUGUAACUGAAAAACCAGGCAAAGAUUUUUUGAAAUUUUCACACGAAAAAUCUUAAAGUUUAUAAAAGUAAAGUCACCUACGUCUAUGGACAACGGAUAGGAAGUUCAUGCAAUAUUUCGGAGUCUUGAAAUGUUUGUUGUUAUUUAAGAGUGCAUGUGGUUUAAAUUCAAGGAAAGUUUUCCUGUGAAUUCAUUUCUUAAAAUGGAGAGCAGAAAGGAGCUCUUUCGUUUCGUCAUCAUAACUCUGAAGUUGGCGGGAAUGUGGAGGUUGGACAUAUCACACUGUUCGAAACUUUCAGCUUAUUUCUACAUGAUUUAUUACAUAAUAUUAACCGUUAUUAGUUUCUAUUUUACAAUUUCGAUGGCCAUAGACAUACCGUACAUUUUAAGAACCGAUCCAGAAGCAGCAAUCGACAGCAUAUCGAAGUUGAUCUAUUUGGCGCUUUUGUUAGUCAAAGUAGUGUUUUAUCCACGCAUUUCCAAAGAAAUACUACUGCAAGCUAUGUCAUACGAACGCUAUAUUUAUAUGCAAAACGAUUCGGCAACACUGAGAAUCUACUCGAAACAUGUGAAAUUCUCUCACGUGUUGAGUAAAUUUCUUUGCACGACCACUUUAUUUACGGCAAUCGCCUUUUGCGGAUUUGGAAUUUUGAAUAGCUACAAGUUUCAUAGACUCCAAAGACACGCGAAUAACACACUGCAAAAACCGUUACCGUUCCUAAUAUGGUAUCCGUACGACGAAAAUAGGUACCACGUGUGGGCGUUGACCCAACAAAGCAUAUCUAUGUUUGUGUUGACGAAUUUCAUCAUUACAACACAAAUUUUUAAUAACUGCGUGAUAAUAUUCAUUAGAAGUCAGCUCAUCAUAUUCCAGAACUAUUUCAGACACUUUGAUCAAUACUGAAAGGGCGAUAAUGGAAGUGUGGUUGAAAAUUUGAGAAGAUUAUGCGUAAAACAUCAGAAUUUGAUCGCAUACGUUCACGGCGUGAAUGAUGCGUUCAAAGCAACGGUGUUUCUGGAAUAUGCAGUAAUAUCAUUAAUUCUUGGCAUGGUACUCUUCCAAAUAAUUGCGGUAAUGUUGUAAAAAUAAUAAACUAUGCGGAAAUUUGCUUUAAGCCAGCACUUCAUUUGAAUCAUUUCAACCGUCGUGAUUCAUUCAUGGUACAAACCUGCUCCAUGCUUCUCUAUCCUCCACUGGUCUGAUGAUUUCUGCUAGUGACAUAUUUGGGAGGCCUUGAUUUGAUCAA